AUGGAACAGGAUUUUUUGAAUGGCGAAAUUGAGACGGGAACCACAAUUGUGGCACUGAAGUACAAGGAUGGAUUAGUUCUAGCGGCAGAUGGAAGAACUUCCACUGGGCCCAUUAUUGCCUUUAGGGCAGCAAGAAAAAUUACUCAAAUUACUGAAAGAAUAUUUAUGUGCCGUUCUGGAUCAGCAGCAGACACUCAAACAAUUUCCAGAUAUGUAAGCCGAAUUAUUAAAGAUCACGAGCUAGAAACAGGCGAAGAUGCAAAAGUAAAAUCUGUGGCUUCUGUUGCUAGAUUGAUAUCGUAUCAAAAUAAAGAGCACUUAUUAGCAGAUAUGAUCAUUGCAGGGAUGGAUCCAAAUGGAGAAUUCAAAGUUUUCAGGAUUCCUUUAGGUGGAACUUUGAUUGAAGGCUCAUAUGCAAUCUCGGGAUCAGGGUCAGGCUAUAUUUACUCCAUGUUGGAUUCUAAGUACCAUUCGGAAAUGGACCUUGAGGAGUGCAAAUCUUUUGCCAGGGAUUUGAUUUCUCAUGCCAUGUUCAGAGACUCUUCUUCUGGUGGCAUUAUCAGAAUUCUAGUCAUUAACAAGAACGGAGUGGAAGAGUUUGCAAUUCCUGGAGAAGAAGUUCCCAACCUAUAA